AUGUCAGAUAUUAUCAAUUUAUAUCGUGAGAGAUUUGUUGAGAGUCUUUCAGAAUUAAAGAAGAAACAAUUAUAUAGUAAAAAUGAAAUUAAAAGUAUUAUUGAAAGAUGGACUAAACAAGAAUAUUCACUUCGAAGAGUUGGAUCAAAUUAUGAAACAUAUAAACAUGCUAUUGAACAAGAAAUUGAAGCAGAUAAAGAGUUAGAAUUUAGAGUAGAAAAGAGUGAUAUGUUUAUUGAACAAAAAAAGUUUCAAAGAGUAUUUAAGAAACGAAUUAUGCAAUUAUAUUCUAGACUUAUUAGAAGAUAUCCACGUAUGUUAUCAUAUUAUAUGGAAUAUGCUAAUUGGUGUAAAAGUAUUGACUAUCAUUUAACUGCAGUUAGUGUUUAUCAACGAGCAUUAAAAUAUUUUUCACGAGAUCUUUCAUUAUGGAAUGCAUUAAGUCAAGAAAUUAUAGAACAUAAUAGUGAUAUACAAACAGCAAGAAAAAUUAUGCAACUUGGUAUUGAAAUAAACAAAAAAUCAGAAGAAGGAUAUCUUUGUUAUUUCAAAAUUGAAUUAAAUUAUAUUCAUAAGAUAAAACAAACUAUUGAAAUACGAUUUAAAGACUUAAAUAAAAUAAAAGACAAGAAAAUGGAAGAAGAAAAUCAAGAGAAUAAUAUUAAUGAACAAAAAGAAAUUGAAGAAAGUCUUCAACAACUACAAAAUAAUGUUAAUAAAUUAUGGAAGAUUUUAACUAUUAUUUAUACAAAUGGAAUUGAGAACAUUGAUGGAGUUGAAUUCAAAAGUAAAUUUAUUCCAAUUAUUUAUAAUGAAGAAAAUGGUCAAGAAUUAAAGAAACAAAUUCUUCAUGAUAUUAUUAAUGAAGAAAAACAACCAAAAGAAGUAAUUCUAGAAGUAUUAUGUGAUACAUUAUCUCCAUUAAAUAAACAAGAAGCUUUAGAUAUGAUUAAUAAUGAUGCAUUUAAAGAAGUUUCUGAAGAAAAAAAGAAUAAAAUAAUAAAUAAAAUCAAUGGUGUGAUGGAAGUUAUUAAAACACCCGUUGACUAUGCUAUUGAAAGAAUUGAAAAAGUACAAGUUGAAGAUCAAAUUGAGGCAAUGAAAACAGAAAUAUUAAAUAUUAAUAGAGAAUAUUUAAGCAAACUUAAAAUUUAUUGUAUUGACACUGUUAUGAAAACAAAUAUAAAUGAAUUAAACACAUUCAUUGAAUGGGUGUUGAAAACUAGUUGUGAUGAAGAAUGUUAUUUGAAGAUAAUUCAUUACUUUAUUUCUCAAGAAGAAAUUGAAAAAGCUAAAAAAGUAUUUGAUGAGGCAUUAGUUCAUGAAAACCUUGCUCAUCACUCAAUGAAUUUAUGGCUUGAAUAUUUAUUAUUAUGUAGAAAUUCAAAUGACUUCAAACUAUCUCAAAAAAUAAAAUCACGUAUGAAUGCAAGUUAUUCUAAUCCAUCCGAAGUAGAAUUAGCAUUUGAAGAAAGAAUAAAUAAUACUAAUUGA